AUGAGCUUCACGCUGGCUGCCGCCGUGACGGCGUCUCUGCUUCUAUAUGUCGGUGCCUUGAUUGUUUAUCGACUGUUCCUCCACCCCUUCGCGAAAUACCCCGGACCCCGGCUGGCGGCCAUCUCGAACUGGUAUACCACGUUUUACGCCUGGCGCGGGGACCUGCAUCUCCAGGUCCGCCACUGGCAUGAGCAGUACGGCGAUGUCAUGCGAUUCGGACCCAGCUCGCUGAGCUUCAAUACUCACACCGGGAUGGGCGUCAUCUACGGCGCGCGCGCCAACGUGCACAAGGCCGAGGGCUACGCCUCGAUGAGUGCCAGCCGACGUACGCCCAACACCAUCACCGCGGUCGACAAGACCGUGCACGGGUUCAAACGGCGGAUCAUGGGCCAGGUCUUCUCCGAUCCGGGCUUGCGAUCCGUCCAGGAGCGCUUCCUGAUGAAUAUCCGCGACUUUACGGCCCUGCUGUGCCACGACGACCGGCCGUGGAGCACCGGGAGCGGUGAGUCUGAAGAUGGUUGGGGGCCGACGAAGGAUAUGGGUCGAAUCUGCGGCUGGUUGGCAUUCGACAUCAUCAGUGGUCUCUGCUACGACGAGGACUUCCACAUGUUGCACUCGCCCGAGUUGCGAUGGUUCCCGUCCUGUAUCGUGCAACCCAAGGUGUUUGACUGGAAGAUCGACCGCGUGCUGCUGGCGACGCAGUACCGGGAGAUGCUCGAGGCCGGCAGUUGGAUCCGCCAGCGCGCAGAGACCCGGGCACGCCUGGGCAACGACAUCAAGCAGAAAGACCUGUUCUACACGAUGAUGAACGCGACGGAUCCCAAGACCGGCCAGACCUUUACACAGAAGGAUUUGUGGCUGGAGUCGAUGCUGCUGCUGACUGCUGGAUCGGACACCACGUCCACGGCCAUGAGUGCUGUAUUCUUCUACCUGGCCCAUCAUCCGGAUGUGCGUGCUCGACUGACGCAGGAAAUCCGGACGGCAUUCUCCAACGAGGAGGAGAUCUGCAUGGGGCCGCAACUGAACGGCUGCGAGUUCCUACGUGCCUGCGUCAACGAGACCAUGCGACUGAUCCCCUCGGUCUCGGGGGUGCCGCCUCGCAAGGUCCAGACGGGCGGCAUCACCGUCGAUGGCGAGUAUAUCCCGGCCGGAAUGACCGUGGGUACCUCCAUCUACACCAUUCAGCGCAAUCCGCGUUAUUUCUGGGCGGCCGACGAGUUUCACCCACAGCGCUGGAUUGCAGACGUGAGGGCCGGUACCGACGAGGAAAGCGUCAAGACGGUCUGGCAAGCCUUCUGUCCGUUCGGCAUCGGUCCGCGCUCCUGCGUUGGCUGGCGUCUAGCCUGGAUCGAACUCAAUGUCUCCGUGGCACGCGCCAUCUUUCUCUACGACAUGCGCCUGGCUCCGGAAGCUCCAUGCUGUGGCGGGCAAUCCACACGAUGUGAUUACGGCUUCAAAGGCUGGAUGACCUCCGCCGUCGAGGGACCGUUGGUCCAGUUCCGGCCGCGGCAGUCUUGA